UUUUUAUUUUAUUUUAAGAAUCAUAAAUAUCUGUUAGCUCAACAAACACACAAACGUACAGUAAUGGCAACUAGAACACGAUUGAUCUCCGCAGCCCUUUUAUGGAUCUUAGUUCUCUUUGUCAUUCUAGCUUUUAUCCAGAAUCGAUUAAGCGAUGGAGGGGUUGCAUCAGAUGCCAAAGCUAUUGCUGACUCCAGACUCAGUGAGAAACAGAAGAUCAAAUUAGAGGAGGAUUUGGAAUUAGUAACCCACAAAGUUUACUUUGAUAUUGAGAUUGGAGGAAAAUCUAUAGGUCGCGUUGUCAUGGGUCUCUUUGGUAACACAGUUCCUAAGACUGUAGAAAAUUUCCGAGCACUUUGCACUGGGGAGAAAGGAAUGGGAAAUAGUGGGAAACCUCUUUAUUACAAAGGGAGCAAAUUCCACAGGAUCAUUCCCGGCUUCAUGAUCCAGGGUGGCGAUUUUACUCGCGGUGAUGGGCGAGGGGGUGAGUCCAUCUAUGGAGAGAAGUUUGCGGAUGAAAACUUCAAGCUGAAGCAUACUGAGCCAGGACAACUAUCAAUGGCAAAUGCCGGGGAAGAUACAAAUGGAUCACAAUUCUUUAUCACUACUGUAGUAACCAGCUGGUUGGACGGUCACCACGUGGUGUUCGGCAAAGUGCUUUCCGGUAUGGAUGUCGUUAACAAGAUUGAAUCUGAAGGAAAUCAAAGCGGAACGCCUAAAACAAAAGUUGUCAUUUUAGACAGCGGUGAAUUGCCUUUGUGACGACAAACAAUCCUCGUCGAUGAACUCUCCCUCGUGUAAAAACUCAGAUGUACUAAAAUAUAGAGUUACACAAAUUUAGUUUUGUAAUGCGUGGUGUGGCUAUAAGCAAUUUACCAUACAUCUUUAAAUUAAAACCUCUCUGUUAUUCCCUUUCAUCCCAAUCUUAUUAGUUUUUAGUUGGGGUGUUCAUUCGAUUCUAACCGAACGUAAUUGAUAAUUUUUGUAAAUUUCAAAUCAAAUUAAAAUAGUCAGUUUGGUUCUAUUCA